UGGCGCAAGAAAGCUCCGAUGGCCAUUUUAGCCGUCGGGCUUUCUUGCACAAGACAUUAACUUGCCUGUCUACACUGGCCCCCUUGCGCAAGAAUACUUGGGCAAGAGGGUUUAUCCGUGAGUGGGAACGUCAGAGUAUUUGCGCAAGAGCCACUGAUUUUGUACAGUACAAAGUCAGUGUUCUUGCGCAAAUUCUCGUGGCCAGUGUAGACAGGCGGCUGCUUUUGCGCAAAAUCUUGCCAGUCUAGACGCACCCUGAAAGAAAAUUACCUUGGUAAAAAGUGUGGUGCUAUAUGGGCUCAACUCUUUUCUCAUGUUAAAAAAACAACUCCCCCCUCUCCCCCCCCCCGAAAAACAAAACAAAACUGGUGUCUUUAAACUCAAUCUACAAGAAUAAAAUGCAUUUGAGACUUGGAAGCCUUAAGUUAUAAGGAUCCACAGAAAGCCUUAGGUUUUUACAAUAGUUAUUGUGUAAAUAUUUAUCAUGACACUAGGCUUCCUCCACCACACGCCGCAUUUGGAAAUGGAAUUACGCAAUCAGGCAGCAGCAGAAACUAAAACCCCCAAGUACAGUGCUAUGUUAAAUGUAAAUGCUAUUGGCAUUUUUCCUCUGCGUGGUGAAGACACAAAAUGUAUUAAGUCAAUGUUCAGAUGUAAACUUCUGAAGGAACAAACACAAUGUGCUGGUCAGAGUUACGGACAUUUGAGAGUUAGGAACAACCUCCGUUCUCAAGGUGUUUGUAACUAAGUGCUAGUGCUUCUUAAAACGAGAGGGUCCUGACCGUUUCCUGCAGCUCUAGGGUAACAAUCAUAAACAUUCGCUCAUUCUGGAUGAAUACUUCUUCCGUAACGUGGUGUCAUUUAGAGCACUGAAUGGUUUGGGAUCCGAAGGCAGCAUUAUCUAGCAGGUUAUGAAAAUCAGACAUUUGGCCCCCAAAAAACCCUUCCUGAGGUGCUUAAGAUGGAUAUGCCUCAGGAUUCCUUGUGAAUGGAUUUCAGGUUACUUAACUAAACUGAACUCAGUACAACGGCCUCACAUUUCUCUGAUAACUGUCCUCUAAAGUCACUUAUAUAGUUGUGACAGUGACUAACCCCAGGUUAUAUUCAGCAAGAAAACACUUCUCGUGCUAGCAAGUCAGCCUGCCUGGACCCUAGGGGAGCGAACAGCAUCUUGCGUAUGCUGGUGACUCAUCCCUUCUUGCAGACUGAUCUUCGGGGUACAGCUUAAUGCGUCUAAUACCCACUCGUGCUUUAAAACUAAUCUCCACUAAGACUUUCUUCAGUGGAGAUGGGGAAUUAGCCAGGUCAAAUGGGAAGAAACCUACAUAUAAACUAGGAAAUCUCAAAGCCAUUUGAUUCUUAGCAGGAGCCAAGAGGUCUUGGAAGUCUUGUAUACUCGUUUAUUUUAAGUUCUGAUCCACUCGCUGUAUUUUAAAUGUAGUCGUUCCAAAAAUGUAUGCUCUUGGUACACUAUAUUAAUACUUUUUCUCUUAAUUGCAGGAUGAAGACACUGUUUGAAGAGAUCAAAGCAUCAAUUAAAAAUAAUUAUGAUCAGGACCGCUCGUUUUGGAGGCCUGUGCUCCCUUGGGGAGGGGUUUUUACUAUCAAAGCUGGCCGCAAAGCUGUAUCUUGCACACCACUUUACGUUGAAAUAAAUUUGAAAAACACUUGUACGAUAGAUGGAUUCUUGAUGUUGUUGUAUGUCAUUCUGCAUGAAAACGAACACUUCCCCCGAGAGCUCUCCCUUCAUUUAGGUAGAGAAUUUGUCGACUGCUUUCUCUACCUAAUGGACUCCUAUAACUUUACGACAGUGAAGCUGCUUUGGAUUUGGGACAAGAUGGAGAAAGGACAGUACAAAUCUGAAGUGCACAAAGCUUCAUUGGAAAUUGAUUUAUUUGGAAACGAGCACGACAACUUUACAAAGAAUCUAGAAAGCCUCAUGUUUACCAUUCAAGAAAGCUACUGCUCAAAUUGGAGGUGUCCAACUCGUAUGCAGGAAGAUCAGCAGAGAACAGUUAUCAUAAAUCCUCCCCAAGAAAUUCCUCAUGGAGACUUGAUUCAGCGGGCGGUAGAUGAAUUAUUCUGUUCCAAGAUAGAGCUGUGUGAACAGUAUGGCUGCACGGGCCUCCGAGAGUUCACCCAGCGCGUCUUCUGCCACGGGGCACCUCCCUUUGUGGUUUUCAACAUGCAGCAGUGGAAGCCGGAGGAGCUGGCGUACGUCCCGUACCACUUGGAUGUCUCUGACCACAAGUACUUAUUGGAAGGUGCCACCUUAUUUAAUAAAGAGGAGCAUCAUUAUUCUGCAGCUUUCCAGAUCGAUGGGUAUUGGAUGCAUUAUGAUGGACUGAGAAAUGUCAACUUAAUUUUGUUAAAUAAACCCCCAGAAUUUCUUCUUUUGUCAUCUCUGGUUUAUAUUAGGGCAGCAGAGACUAAAUGACGUCCGUCUCACGGCUGCAAAGUCAAAUCACGUUCCCUUCUCUGCCAACAAUGCGGACCCACCCCACGUGGAGGUCUACACUUUAUGUAUACUUGGUAUCCAAGAAGAGAGUAGAACUACAGUAGUUCUGGGAUUGUAUCCAAUGCUUUCACUCGAGCUAAACAUUUGAAAUCAGAAACACUAUGCAAUUUUUGUUUUAAAAAAAGAAGCUAUUUUUAUACAAGCAAAUUUUAUGCUAAAAUAAAAAAGUAAA